UUUUUUCCAUCGUCGGUGGCGCCAUCUUCGCGUAGCAUCGCUGUCUUGUGUUUGACGGUGUGAUUUGUUUGUUAUAAAUUGGUAAAAUAAUUAUUUGUAAAGAAUUUAACAAACAAAACCCCUAGUGAACUUAUGGUAAACAUCGUUUGGAACAGUUUUUAAAGGAAAUCACCAGCAUCCAUGACGAAACUGGGUUUAGUGAGCAAAUGACGCACUUCAAAACCGUUUGGUAUAAAAUUUGUGCAAGUGGCUGAUGUUUGUUGGACUUUACAAUGGAAAAUACGAGGAAAACGAGGGCCAGGUCGAAAUCCGCCGGCGCCCCAGCUGAAACAGACGUUAAAACAAACGCUGAAAAAGAAAACGUUCAAGAGAGUGAGGCAAACGUGAUCGACGAUACUCCGCUAGAAACUAAAGACCCCAAAACGGUUGAAAACAAUGACGCCGACAAAAUGGACACUGUAAGUGAUGAACCGCCUAAAGAGGAUGAGACGAAGCUCCCCGAAACACCAAGAGGUGCUCGAACCAGAAAGAGAAAGGCAAGCGAAAUGAAAGCCAAUGAUUCUAUCACUGAAGAGGAAAGUAAAGAGAAGAAAAGCAACGUUGAGCCUUCCAAAGAAGCUGAAGAACCUGAAAAUGAUGAAAGUAAAAAAACAACUGAACCAGAAAAUGAUAAAAGUAACGAAACAACAGAACCAGAAAAAAAUACUAGUAAUGAGGCAGAAGAGGUUACACAAAUUACUUCUGAAGAUAUUUUAAGCUCCUCUGAGAUCAAAGUUGAAAGGGAAGACUUAACAAGUGAUACCGACGUAAGCAUGAGGAUGAGUGAAUCUGAAAUGGGAAUGCCUGCAAUACAAACUUUGGGCAAAGGCAAACGUGCCAGAAUACCAAACAAAAGAUACAGCGACAUUAUGUUGUCACCCAAUCACAAACCGAAAAUAGAAAAUGGCUCCGAUAGCGAGCCUGCUACAAAACCCCCGCCUUCGCCUGAGCCAGCACCAGUUAGUACUAAACCUACGCGUACAAGCACGAGCAGUCCUGUGCAGGGGUAUAAAAAAUCCAAGGCCCCUACUGAUAUAACGAACCCUGCAUUCUUAAAACCGUUUACUUUAGGCUGGAAGCGCGAGCUCGUUUGGAGGGCUACGUCCGAUUCGAGCCAGAAAGGAAAAAGAAGUGGGGAUAUUUACUAUUACACGCCGUCAGGCAAAAAAGUUCGUUCGAUGAGAGAAGUAUCAGAGAAUUUAAAAAGCAAGGAUGGUCUCACUCUGGAAAACUUUUCGUUUACCAAGGAACCCAUCGGUUUGGAUGACCCUGAAAAGGAAGUGAUUCGCGAUGCCAAGUACAAAGCAGGCUCCGGUAUGGCCAAAAAAGUGCUGACCAAAAAGGCUCCAUCGGCUAGAAACUCUCCGAAGGUGUUGAGCCCCAAACUAAACAGCCCCAAAGUGACUAGUCCCAAAGCUAUGAUUCCAAAUGAGACCGCCGAUUCGCCACCAAAAGCGACACCCAAAGGAAAUGAUUCGCCACCAAAAACGACGCCCAAAGGGAAUGCUAAAGGCUUAGGGAAUUUUAAGAUUAAAUUGCCUGGCAAAAAGGCGGAAAAGAAAAAAUCCGAGGAGGAGAUGGAUGUGGAGGCCCCACCGGCGAAACAGGCGGCCACAACCCCGUCGACCAGGAGAAGCGCGAAAUGGGCCAAGCAGACUCCGGAGGUGACGCCACCAGCGCCUCCGAAGAAGAAGUUGCGCGUCGCGAAGCAGAACAACGGCGCGCCUUUGUCGUCUGACAAGAACGUCGAGGGCAAAUUCAUGGAGCACUACCUGCAAAACCUCUCGUACGGCUACAGCACCCUCCUCUACGUGUUCCAGUACCUGAAGGUGCAGGACCUGCUGCGCGCCGGGUGCGUGUGCACGAUGUGGCGCGACGUGGCCGGCCACUCGAGCCUGUGGCGCACGGUGCGCAUGAAGAACUCGCAGGUGCACAGCUUCGACGGCCUCGCCGACACGCUGAAGAAGCACGGCACCGGCCACCUGGACCUGCGGAAGAUGCUGCUGCCGUCGGGCGGCGACGAGAUCUGGCCGCGCUUCUCGCAAGCCAUCUCCAGGGUGGACACCUUGAGGAAGAUCGAGCUGUGCCGCUGCCCGGCCUCCGUGGUCGAGCAGCUCGCGCUCAGCAACCCGCAACUGGAGGUCAUCAACGCGGUCACGAUCAAGUGCGAGGUUAUGUCGCUGGAAGCGCUCGGUUCCCUCACGAAGAUCAAGGAGUUGAGGAUCAAGUCGACCAACGGGUUAACUCUAACCUCUGACAUUGAUUCUUUAAGGAACCUCAACACCAUCCAGCACAUCUCGUUGACGUCGAUAAAGGAUCUCUACAAGUUGAACCUCGGCGUCAUAGCGGAGCUGAAGAACCUGGAAUCGUUGGAUUUGGGGGAGUGCAACGACUUUCCCAGCGAUUUCGGCGAGAACGUGUUGGUAAAGCUGGAGAAUCUCGAGAAACUCCGCCUGGAGAAAGGCCAAGGCAAAUGCCACACGUUCGAGAUGCUGAGCGCCGUCAAAGAGAUGAAAAAGUUGGAGCAGCUGGAGUUGGUUAAUUUUGACAUCAAGAGCGGCUUCGAUAAGGCUCUGGGCGCCUGCUGCAACGUUAAGAAGCUACUGAUUAUACCCACGUACAUAUCUCAGAGCGCCACGACCAAUCACAUGGUGUUGGGCGGGGUUCUGAGACUGCACAAGACCCUGUCGCACUUCGUGUGGGGCGUCACGUUGGAGCUGCUGCGCGUGACGGAGUUGUUCGUGGAUCAGUGCGAGGAGCCGGCGAGCAAGGACAAGAAGGAGAAGAAGCCCGCCGGCAACGGGGACAGCAUCCCGGUGCUGAAACCCGUGCCUCUGAUAACGGAGAAGGACGACGAGAUCGCGCCCGCGCACGAUCCCCCGCAAGUGGAGAUUCUGCCCCUGCCCAACUUGCAGAAGCUGCUGCUGCAGAGUCUGCCCACCACGCGGGUCAAGAUCUUGAAGAUUCCCUUCCACGCCACGUGGAGGCAAAGCAUCACGGACUCCGUUAAUUAAUUCGUCUAUGAUAUUCCGAACUUAGUGCAACACAUUGAGAAGUCCGUUCUGGAUUUGUUUUAGGUUCGCAUUUGAUUUUGUUGACUGGAAAUGUGCUGCACUCUUGCGUCUGAAAUUAUAACACGCAUUCUGUCGAUCCAAGUUGAAAUGUGUACCAUUAAAUACCAAAUGUGGAUGCUGUAGAAGUGUAUAUUAGUGUUAAAAAUAUAAAAAUACAAGGAUCUACUUAAUUUUGUGGUUGUUUAUGGUUUGGUUGACGAGUAUUUAAUUGAUACUAAAUAUGUUUAUUGUUAAUAUUUUAAGUUUGACAUAUUUACAAUCAACUAUUUUGUAUACAUAUGCAGUCGCUACUUGUAUUUUUAAUAUUUCCCUUUUAAUUUUUGAUAGUUUAUUUUUAAAGUGUAUAUUUUAGACAAAAGUAUGGUACCUUUGUUAGUUUGUUUUAACUAAAGGUAGGGAUGUAUUUGUUGUCAAAAGAUUCAUCAAAUUAUGUAUAUGAUCUUUUUAAAUACCGUUAUCUAUACAAACAUCAUUUUUUUAAAUUUUCUGGAGCAGUUAUUUUUUUAUCAUUUUAUGUUCUAAAAACUGUAAUUUAAAUUAUUUCGAAUAAAUAUUUUUUAAAAUUUUC